GGGGAAUUGUUUGGGAAAACGUAGCGCUGGCGACCAACCGGCCAAACAAGUGGACCCGAGAGACUAUUCGCAAUAUCAGCGGCCAGUUGUCUGAGAAAUAGCGUGCUGAGCAGUCGCAAAUCGCGCACGAGUUUUAAACGCAAGCCGAAAAAGAGGAAUAAAAAGCAGCAGAUUUGCACGAGAAGAUCUACAAGAUAAAGAGCUACUGCAUAAAAAUAAACAAAGAUAUUCUUAAAGCAACUUGGCAUUGCAUUCCCGAUUUAUAAUUGCCCAAAGCCAUAUUAAUUGCAAUUAAUUAGUUGUAAAAUGAGCAACCUAGAGCAAAUUGCACUGGAAAUGGAUAAAGUGAAACUAGAAGAUACAACUUUGGCGAGAAAUACGGAAAAUCUGAAUAAUAACAUCGACGGACGGACACGAAAUAAUCUGCGAGUGACCAGAUCAGUUCCCGAAACCGACGAUGAUGACAACGAUGAUCGUCCCUUUGUUAAAGACGGCGGUGACAAUCCCGGCGUGGAUGAUGGUCUUUUUACACCAGUUGGAGGCAACGACGGCAAUGGUAAUGUGAAUAUCAACGUUCCCAAUGGAGGAAGACGACCCAGUUACUCAUUUCCGGGAUACAAUGGACCUGGUUUUGUGACGAUCAACGGAGUGGAGACACCCAUACCCGAUGUGAAUGCGUAUCAGCACAAGAAAACCCUGGCGCAGGGUAUGAUGGACUUGGCACUCCUUUCAGCGAAUGCAAAUCAGUUGCGCUAUGUUCUGGAGACGCGUUCCGAGCAUCGCUACUUUUAUCCCAGUUUGCUUUUCAUCUCACUCAGCAUUAUCUUCCAGGUGGCUGUGGGCGUGGGCCUGAUAUUGAAUGGCCAGUACAACAUCAAGAAAGGGUACGAUAUCUGCCGGGCGAACAGGAUCAACAAUUAUACAGUCAUCGGCAUCUUUAUAGUCACGGUGGUCAAUGUUCUGAUAUCGGCCUUCACCGUGGCAGAACCAGAUGCUGGAGCCAACACCUCGUAGUUUAGUUUUUAUUUAAAGUUGAUUUCGUAGUAUUAUGAGCAAAUCGCAUCGUUAGAUAAUACUCACAUUGUUCAGUCCUUGUUAAAAUGCACUCAUCGCCUCAUUUUUCUAUAUGCUAAAUUAAAUUGUGAUAAAUAAAAUCCCACGAGCAUUUCUCAGCUUAUUCAAAUCGCUGAAA